CAGCAUCGCCCAGGGGCCUGCUCUCGCCCUGAAAGUGGCCAUGCCCGGGAACAGGAGCUCGCCUCCCCAGUGGGGACACCGUCUGGGGUGCCUCCCCUCAGCCCCGGCUGGCCGGGUCUGGGGGGCCCAGUCCCACGCGGCCCGGGAGCGCCCUGGGCCCCGGCCGCUGCUGUGCCCGGACAUGGCGCUGCAGAACGCCCUGUACACGGGAGACCUGGAGCGGCUGCAGGAGCUGUUUCCCCCGCAAAGCACGGCCGACCUGCUGCUGGAGAGCCGGGCGGCGGAGCCUCGCUGGAGCAGCUGCCAGAGGGGACUCUGGUCGCUGACCUACGAAGAGGAGCUGACCACCCCUCUGCACGUGGCGGCCAGCCGGGGCCACGUGGAAAUCCUGCGGCUGCUACUGAGGCGGCGGGCAAGGCCCGACGGUGCCCCCGGGGGCCGGACCGCCCUGCAUGAGGCCUGUGCCGCAGGCCACGCCGCCUGCGUCCACGUGCUCCUGGUGGCGGGAGCCGACCCCAACAUCCCUGACCAGGACGGGAGGCGCCCCUUGCACCUCUGCGGGGGAGCUGGCAGCCUCGAGUGCGCGGAGCUGCUCCUGAGGUUUGGGGCGAAAGUGGAUGGUCGGUCAGAGGAGGAGGAGGAGACCCCUCUGCAUGUGGCCGCCCGGCUGGGCCACGUGGAGCUGGCGGACCUCCUCCUGAGACGAGGGGCCUGCCCCGAUGCCCGAGAUGCCGAAGGCUGGACCCCGCUGCUGGCCGCCUGUGAUGCCCGCUGCACGUCCCCCGCCGACGCCGAGGCCACCACGGCCCGCUGCCUCCAGCUGUGCCGCCUGCUGCUCUCAGCGGGGGCCGACGCCGACGCCGCCGACCAGGACAGGCAGCGGCCCCUGCAUUUGGCCUGUCGCCGUGGCCACGCGGACGUCGUGGAGCUACUCCUGUCCCGCGGCGUCGGCGCCAAUGCCAUGGACUACGGGGGACACACGGCCCUGCACUGCGCGCUGCAGGGCCCCGCUGCAGCCCUGGCCCAGAGCCCGGAGCGCACCGUGCGCGCGCUGCUCAACCACGGUGCCGUCCGCGUUUGGCCCGGGGCUCUCCCCAAGGUGCUGGAGCGCUGGUGCACGUCCCCGCGGACCAUUGAGGUCCUGAUGAACACCUACAGUGUCGUGAAGCUUCCUGAGGACGCCAUGGGCCUGGUGCCUCCUGAAACUCUGCAGAAGCACCGUCGUUUCUACUCCUCCCUCUUCGCCCUGGUGAGGCAGCCCAGAUCGCUGCAGCAUCUCAGCCGCUGUGCGCUCCGUGCCCACCUGGCGGCCUGCCUGCCCCACGCCCUGCCCCGCCUGCCCCUGCCGCCCCGCCUGCUCCGCUAUCUGCAGCUGGAUUUCGAGGAUGUGCUCUACUAGGUGUCCACUGCCUGUUGAGAGAGUCUGAAAGCAGAUGCUCCAGACCCUAGGGGACACCAGCCCACUGCUCACAGUGCCUGGGGCUCGGGACUGAGUUGAAUGGAUUCAGGCCAAGGUGGCCCCCUCAGCAGGAGGCCCAACUCCACAGGGAGGAGUGCUGUCAUUCCCCCAGGAGAGGCAGAUGGACCAGGUGGCCAAGUGACAUCUGAUGGAGAGACAGCUAGGA